AUGGAACCGCAAAUUGAUGAAUCAAAAGCAGGUCAAGAUGAAGAGAAGUACCAAGUCAAAGCAGACGUACAACCCGCGAAGCAGUCAGUACAACAUCAAGUAGUGUCUCACUCCCCAACACCUUCUAGCACAUCCUCCCCUGAAUUCUCCUUCAGUAACAACUCCCUCCUAGCCCUGACUAACAAUCAAAAAGAUGAUUUUACCCUUUUACCCGUUGAUGCAGACGACAUCUUCUUCCAUGGUCACAUGCUACCCCUCCACAGCCUCCCAAACCACCGAUCCUCCUCCUCCUCCACCAACUCCGUUGACAGCACUUUCACCCUUACUCUCGAUACAGACGACAAUAACAACAACAACAACAACAACAACAACAACAAAAUCGACGACUUUCACGUCCAGGAACAUUGCCGUAUUUUGGAGGGAAAGGAGAGGGUAAAAUCGAGAUCCUUUUCCCAUAUUUUCUCCAAAUGGCGGAAACACCAUCGGGAACACGAUUGCAUGGGAAAAGACGACAAGAACGAUGGGAAAAUUAGGAAAUCAAGAUUCAACAUCGUCAACAAACUGGUUAAACCGUUUGCCAUGAAUCCCUUUAGGCACAAGAGAGCCGGCAAGAAUAAAACCAUUAAUAAUGAUUCCUUUGAUCAUGAGUUCCUAAGGCAGCCGGCAUCCUUCAAUGCAUAUUCGGGGAGUUUGAGAGUGAAGAGAAGGAAGGAUUUAGUGUUGAGAGGGAGGAGAAGCGAAUUCUCAUCUGCGCCCGUCUCAAUAACAACUUCGCCUGCGAAUAGCGGGCCUUUGUUAGUCAGAGCUUAUUAUCAUAAAACUGAUAGCACAGUUGAGGAGUUACAGGCCGCGAUUCAAGCUGCCAUUGCUCAUUGCAAGAACUCGGUUAAUGCUCAAGAGGAAGAAAAGGAGGAAGCAGACGACGUUGUUGUUUAG